AUGGCUACUACUAUGGAUUCUCCCACUGCUGGUUUUAAAGAAAGAAAAAUUGGGUCUUUAUUUAUUAAUUUUUUUAUUGAUACAUUGGAUUUUGGAGCAGUGGUUGUUCAUCUGAGAGCCACUGGUGAUGCUCCCAUUCUGAAGCAAGCAAAGUUCAAGAUACCUGGAACUGACAAAUUCGCCAAAGUUAUCGACUUUUUAAGACGACAACUUCAUCGAGACACCAUGUUUGUGUAUGUGAACAGUGCAUUCUCACCAAACCCUGAUGAAUCUGUCAUUGAUCUUUACAACAAUUUCGGUUUCGAUGGUAAACUAGUUGUCAACUAUGCUUGUUCUAUGGCCUGGGGUUAACUUAACACAUACCAGUGAUGAAGGAGUUCAUUUCAUUUCACAGGAUAUGGUGCUGGCUGGCAUGAUGGACAAAGAAGACUUUGAUUAGAUUUAG